AGGGAACUGUGCAAGCUGCGGGGAGAACCACGAGAGGAGGACCUGUCGUUUCCGCAACGCAGAGUGCAGGCAGUGCAGAAAAUUGGGACACAUCGCCCGGGUGUGUCGGGCUCGACUCACCCGUCGACAAGCAUCAGAUGACCGACCCAGGAGCCCCAGGUCACACGGCACCAUGCACCAAGGCAACUCGACGGAGAUCACGGACUACCAGGUAUUCCAGUUGCCCCAUCCCAGCACAGAGAAAAUUUAUAUAGAGGUACAGAUAGAGGGAGCCCCAUGCCGCAUGGAGCUGGACACGGGUUCAACUCUAUCCAUAAUCUCGGCCCGAACAUUAAGGGAACUGUGCCCUAAUGGGGGUCCCAAACUAAGGCCGGCCCCAUUCACCCUCCGGGACUUCCAGAAACGUAAGGUCCCUACAAUGGGGGUGGGGACCUUCAGGGUGCAAUAUCGAGGGCGAAAGCAACAAUUGGACUUGCUGGUAGUUAAGGGCCCCUACGUUAGCUUACUGGGACUGGCAUGGUUUGGACCUCUGGGGCUAGCCGUUACCGGGGUGAACCACACUAGCUUACAAGUGGACGUGGACGCCAUAUGCAAAGAGUUUCCAGGGGUUUUCGAUGGGGCAUUGGGACGAUAUACAGGACCCCCCAUUGCCCUACAGCUAGACCCCGCUGUACGACCCAUCAGGCACAAGGCCCGCCGGGUCCCGUUCGCCCUGAAACCCCGCAUAGACGAGGAAUUGGACCGACUUGUGGAGCAAGGAGUGCUGGAGCCGGUGCCCAACGCCCCCUGGGAAACUCCAAUUGUCACACCCGUCAAGCCUAACGGUUCGGUCCGCAUCUGUGCAGACUACAAAUGCACCAUAAACAAGGCUCUCACGGCCCAUGCAUACCCAGUGCCAGUGGUCAGCCAUGUCCUCGCCACCCUGGCUGGGUCAAAAAUCUUUGGCAAACUGGACUUGGCCCAAGCGUAUCAACAGUUGCCUGUGGACGAAGCCACAGCAGAGGCUCAGACGAUUGUGACGCACAGAGGGGCAUUCAGAGUAAAGCGGCUGCAAUUUGGCGUUAGCGUGGCACCAGGCAUAUUCCAGAAUCUAAUGGACUCUCUCCUUAAAGGGAUUCCUGGCGUCACCCCCUUCUUCGAUGAUGUACUGAUCGCCGGGCCCACACCAGAGGAAUUUGAGGACCGCCUCCGCUCCGUCCUGCACCGUUUCCAGACGGCGGGCCUCAAGGUGAAGCGGGAAAAGUGUUUACUGGGAGUGCCGCAGGUGGACUUUCUGGGAUUUAAGGUGGACGCAGAAGGGGUCCAUCCAACCGGUGACAAGGUACGGGCCAUUUGUGAGGCCCCAGCGCCCAAGAGCAAGCCCGAACUUCAGUCAUUCUUGGGACUAUUGAACUUUUACCAUGCCUUUCUUCCGCAUAAGGCAGCGGUAGCGGAGCCCCUACACAGACUCCUAGAUAAAAGGGCCCCUUGGGUGUGGGGCCAGCGACAAAGGGCCGCAUUCCAGGCAGUCAAGGACUUGCUCGUCUCGAACUCGGUCUUGGCACACUUCGACGAGAGGCUGCCAGUGGUGCUGGCAUGCGAUGCCUCUCCCUAUGGCAUCGGCGCUGUCCUGGGACACCAACUCCCGGAUGGAAGAGAGGUGCCGGUGGCAUACUUCUCCCAGACGCUUGCUGCAGCCGAACGAAACUACUCACAGAUUGACAAGGAGGGUCUGGCAAUCGUGAAGGGCGUAAAAAAAUUCCAUGAUUUCUUGUACGGGCGGCCCUUUACCAUAGUGACUGACCACAAGCCGUUGCUUGGCCUGUUUGCCCCCGAGAAGCAGACCCCCCAAGUGUUGUCUCCACGUGUCCUCAGGUGGUCAAUUUUCCUUGCCGGCUACCAGUAUGCACUAAUCCACCGCCCUGGGAAGGCGAUGGGCCACGCAGACGCCCUCAGCAGGCUACCACUACCAGAAACAGGCCCCGACCCAGCGCCUGCGCAAGAGGUUAUGACCCUGGAGCUGCUUCCCGACCGACCCAUUCAGGCACAAGAAGUUGCGCACCAUUCCACAAAAGAUAGGGUCAUCUCCCGGGUCCUGGACUGGGUGUGGCGAGGAUGGCCCAGCAGCAGCCCCGGGCCAGAAUUCGCUGGCUACACAAACCGCAAACAUGAACUGUCGGCCCACAAGGGGUGCCUGUUAUGGGGAAGCAGGGUUGUUGUUCCCCAGCCCCUCCGCAAAAGGGUCCUCACAGCCCUACACGAGACACACCCAGGGGUAGUGAGGAUGAAGGCCCUUGCCAGGAGUUAUGUGUGGUGGCCGGGGAUUGACAGAGAGAUAGAGGCCUGGGUCCAACACUGCCAGACCUGCCAAGAAUCCCGCCCGGAUCCCCCAAGGGCCCCAGUCCAGCCCUGGGAGUCCGCCCGACAUCCAUGGUCACGCUUGCACGUGGACUUCGCUGGACCCUUCCAGGGAAAAACAUUCUUCAUAGUGGUGGAUUCCUACACCAAAUGGCUGGAGGUCGCACUGGUACCGUCCACUUCUACGGCGGCAGCCAUCCGGGUACUACGUAAGCUUUUUGCAACCCACGGGCUCCCUGACACCCUCGUCUCGGACAAUGGAACCGCAUUCACGUCAGAGGAGUUCCAGACCUUCACAGCGCAGAACGCCAUCCGCCACAUCCGCUCAGCACCAUUCCACCCUGCCACCAAUGGCCAAGCGGAGCGCAUGGUGCGGACCACCAAGGACAGCCUCCGCCGCAUGACACAAGGGGACUGGGAAUACCGCCUUGCCGCAUUUCUUCUAGCACAGCACAGCACCCCAAGCACAACGACGGGCCGGAGCCCAGCUGAACUACUAAUGGGCCGGCGCCUUGCAACUAGACUGGACCGACCCCUUGGAGGGUUUAUUGCAGUCAGCACAGCCUUGGGCGGUGUCUGGAUUGUGUGCUGA